CUCCGCCUGCUGCCCAAAAUAGCGGCGGCGGCCGGGCGCCGCCUCCAGAGCGAGCCCGGCCAUGGCGAGGCAAUCUGCAAAAACGCUGUGGUACGACCGCCCGUGGUACAUCUUUCUGGAGUUCUGCGUGGAGGACAGCACAGAUGUUAAAGUCGACAUUGAAGACCACCGGGUGGUGUUCAGCUGUAAAAAUGCAGAUGGCGUGGAGAUGUACAACGAGAUCAACCUAUACGCCAGGGUGAACUCCAAAGACUCGCAGCAGAAGCGCUCUGACCGUUCCAUCACCUGCUUCGUAAGGAAGUGGAAGGAGAAGGUGGCAUGGCCGCGCCUCACCAAGGAGAACAUCAAGCCAGUCUGGCUGUUUGUGGACUUUGAUAACUGGCGAGACUGGGAAGGGGAUGAGGAGGCAGAAAUGGCCAUGACUGAGCAGUACGCAGAGCUCCUGCAGAAGGUCACUGUUAAAGGCACACCCCCUGCAAUGGAUGACCUUGAUGAUGAGAUUUGAAAGCACAGACCUUGGUGAGACAUGACAGCAGCUGCUGAGAUGAAGCGAGUUGGGGAGAGAGGUAGCAGUGUUUAAGUGCCACUGUGGUUCAAAUGCGCCCGGGACUCACCCGCUUCGGACUUUGGCUCCAAAUUGCACAGUCACAGACCCUAGAGCUGGAAAAGCCCUGCUGGGCCCAUUUUGCCCCCCUUGAAGUCAGACCCAGAGUGGGACUGUUUCCUAUUGUAUCGGGCACACGCCGCAGAGAUUUAGCCCUCUUCCCUGCUUGGCACCUGCCACUUCUCCCUCUUGCUGCCGAGACCCUUCUCCGCUCACCCGUCUCUCCCAGGCGUUUGGGGGGUGGGAAGCAAAGUGGAGCGAGAGCCUGUUAAUAAAGGGUAAACCUGCCACGCUG